AUGAAUGAAUUUGCAGCUUUAUAUAUCGAUGUUUGUCAACGUGUUUCAGGUUGUCUUAAGGAGACACUAAAACCGUUUGAUGGUAUAGAUACAGUGGCUACUCAUGGUGGAUAUAAUCCAAUAAAUUUAGAAGAAAUAGGACGUCCUGUUGUCCCACCAAUAAGUUUGUCAUCUACCUUCCAACAGAUUUCUCCUGGUGUUGCAAAAUAUGACUAUUCUAGGUCUGGAAAUUUCUCUCGAGAGUGCUUGGAAAAGUGCAUAGCAUCUCUGGAAGACGGUGAUGACUGCUGUGUCUUCAGUUCUGGUCUUGCAGCCUUAGGAACUCUUAUCCAGACCUUAUCAAAUGGUGAUCACAUUGUUGCGUUCGAUGAUCUAUACGGAGGAAAUGGGCGAUAUCUGCGUCGACUUGCUUCAAAAUCUGGAAUAACAUCGACUUUCGUUGACAUGCGUGACUUGAAAUUGUUUCAACAGGCGUUACAGACGAAUACUCGUUUAGUCCUUGUGGAAUCUCCAUCAAAUCCUUUAAUGCGUUUGGUCGAUAUAAAUGCUGUUGCCUGUAUUGCUCAUGAGUUUAAUAAAGAAAUUAUUGUUGUAGUUGACAAUACUUUUAUGAGUUCGUAUUUUCAGCGUCCACUUGAUCAUGGAGCAAAUGUUGUCUUACACUCCCUCACAAAGUAUAUGAAUGGUCAUUCCGAUGUAGUUAUGGGCGCAUUGGUUACACGUAAUCAAUCAGAAUUACAUAAACAGCUUAGAUUCGUUCAGUUUGCUGCAGGAGCUGUUCCAUCUGCAUUUGAUUGUAUGUUGUGUCUUAGGGGACUACGCACGUUACCAGUACGAAUGAAGGCGCACAUGCGAAAUGGACUUAUAGUGGCUAUGAUGCUUGAGAAACAUCCGCUGGUUGAAAAAGUCUUACAUCCAGGCUUAGAAUCAUUUCCUCAACGAGAUGUUGUAGCGAAGCAGAUGCGUGGUUUUAGUGGUAUGAUAAGUGUAUAUCUGCGGUGCACUGCGGAUCAAACAAAAAUGUUUAUCAAAAAUCUGAAGCUGUUUACGUUGGCGGAGAGUUUGGGUGGUUACGAAAGCCUUAUUGAAAUACCGUCCAUCAUGACGCAUGCAUCAGUCCCAGUGGAGAUUCGUGAGACCAACCACAUCACGGAGAACAUGCUUCGUUUAUCGGUAGGACUGGAAGAUCCAAGAGACCUAUCACUCGAUUUAUACGAAGCAUUAGACAAGCUGAAUCAGGAAAUCCAAUCAAUAUAA